UCGUAUCUCCUUAGCUAUGAACUCUGAACUAUGAACUAUGAACAGGAGGUUGCUUAUUUCAUCAAAGAAGUUUUCCGAGUUCAUCCAAAACUUCUGCAUGCAAUGUCCAUCAACAACACGCCCACCAUGAAGUGCUCGGUAGCUAUAAUCUACGUCCUCCGUAUAUUUCUUGUGAAGGUGGGGGUUAAUUGAUGCGGGGUUCAGUCCAGCAACAUGGCGUCGCUAUAUCAGAGAGGAAUGUCUAUGUUUAUACCUACUCGGUACCACCGACUCAUAUCAUAAUUCUAUCUACACCUCCAUUUCACUUUAAGUUAUUCAAGAACAGACAUACUAUCAUAAAUAUCAACUAUAUUGUUAACGUUAUACCUCCAUAUUCAAAAUGCCUCUCAUAACAACUAAUCCCAAACCCCGAAUCAUCCUCGGUCUCAUGAACUUUGGUCCUGACCCCUCCACCGGCGCACGUAUAACCUCAUUAGAUGAAUACAACACCCUUCUUGACCAUUUCCAAGUCGCUGGUUACAAUGAAGUCGAUACAGCACGUACAUAUGUUGGAGGAAAACAAGAAGCCUUUACAAGGGAUGCCAAAUGGCAAGAGAGGGGUUUGACACUGGCCACGAAAGUUUAUCCACUCCAGGCAGGAUGGCAUACGGAGGCAGAGUUGACGAGUAGAUUCGAGACGAGUUUGAAGGAGCUAGGGACCAACUGUGUGGAUAUAUUUUAUUUGCAUGCUGCUGUUUGUUCCUCUCAAUCGUUCGAAAUAUGAGGGGGUUUUAACAGUGAUAGGAUCGCGCGACCCCAUUCACAGACACAUUGGCAGUUCUUGAUAAGCUUCACAAACAGGGCAAAUUCGUCCGUCUGGGACUUUCAAACUUUACAGCUUUUGAAGUCUCGGAAAUAGUCAUGCAUUGCAAAUAUAACAAUUGGGUGCGUCCAUCAGUCUACCAAGGAAUGUACAACGCCAUAACUCGAUCUCUCGCCUCGGAACUCAUCCCCUGCUGCAAACGCUACGGGAUUUCCGUAGUCAUAUACAAUCCUAUCGCAGGAGGUCUCUUUUCAGGUGCCUACAAAUCUUCGGAGAUCCCGACCAGUGGACGCUAUAGCGAUGCCGUGGGAAAAUUGGGUGAAAUGUACAGAAAACGCUAUUGGAAAGACUCGAACUUCUCUGCAUUAAAAUUGAUCGAGCCCGUUGUUCAAAAACACAAUCUUACAAUGGUAGAGACAGCACUACGAUGGUGUAUACACCAUAGUGCACUUAACGUAUUGCAUGGCGAUGAUGGGAUUAUCAUGGGAGCAAGUAGCGUUGAGCAAUUAGAUUCGAACUUGAAGGACUGUGAGAAGGGACCCUUGCCUGAAGAGGUGGUGAAGGUUUUGGAUGAUGCGUGGAUGCUUUGUAAGGCGGAUACACCCGAUUAUUGGCAUUUAGAUUUGAAGUAUACUUAUGAUACUAGAAAGGCACUUUUCGGUGUGUAGAUGGAGGGAGUGGAUUGCUUUAUUAGACUAACGCUGAGAUUCGGGCUUGGUUCUGUAGAACGUAGAAAAGAAGCAAAGAAUCGGAUGUGGUUAAAGGGUCUUGAGUAGUAAAUCAUUAGAGAAGAAGGGUUUAAAUUCAACGGGUAUUUAGAUCAAAGUAAGGCAAUUUUCGACCCUUCGUAUACUAAUAAAUCGGCUGAAGAAUGAGUGGAUUUAAACUGUGGACGGCAUUUCA